AUGAUGGCACCAUCUUCAGAAACUCAUCUGGCACCAGCGACAGAGCAGCCGGUCCAGCUCAAUAGCUCCAGCGUUAGUUCGCUGCGAAUGGCCUUGGGCGUCCUUGGGCUCUGGAUAUGCCUCUUUCUGUCUGCUCUAGAGACCACCAUUGUUGCAACAGCAUUGCGCACCAUUUCUGAUGAUCUCGACGGCCUGAUGCAGUCUAACUGGGUGGUUGUGGCCUACCUUCUCACCUACAAUGGAUUUCUACUGUUGUUCUCCAAAUUGACUGAUGUCUUUGGCCAGAAGACGCUACUCAUCGUCUCUCAGGUCAUCUUUCUAAUAUCUUCGUUGGCUUGCGGCGCAGCCCAGACGAUGCCCCAGCUGAUUGUUUUCCGUGCCUUUCAAGGGCUUGGAGGCUCUGGCAUCUACUCGACCGUCUUUAUCAUCAUCGCCAAGAUAGUUACAGUUGAGAAAGUGGGUCUUUACACCGGGAUACUCAGCUCAGUAUUUGCGUUGGCCAGUCUCCUGGGGCCGAUCCUUGGCGGCGCUAUUGUUGAAAACACAACCUGGCGAUGGGUCUUCUUUUUAAAUGGCCCGGGAAUCGCCAUUUCUCUGGCCUUUGUCAUCCCUGCCAUUCCUGGUGCAAACCAAAGACUCUUCGGCAAGGACCAGAUACAGCGCGUUGACGCCAUUGGUGGUUUCCUUUCUUUGGCCUGGCCGAUCCUGCUGGUAUUUGCACUACAAGAAGCGGGUGAUGGGUAUGACUGGGACAGUAGCGUCAUUAUCGGGACGCUUGUAGGUAGCGUCGUUGGACUCGUUUCCUUCGUUGCGUAUGAAGUGUGGGUUCAGCGACAAUCGCACCCAGAGCCGAUAUUUCCCAUUCGAUUACUACGGAGUUUGAGCUUGUCACUCAACCUAAUAAACAUGUUCGCUAUGGGCGCAUGCUUCUACGCAGCCAUCAUACUACUUCCCCAACGAUUUCAGUCUGUCAAUGGGCUUUCAGCACUAAGUGCUGGCCUCAGAAUGCUUGCAUUCACGCUAGUAUCACCAGUCUUUUCUAUGGCAUGCGGUGUAGCAUUGUCUAAGAGACCUCAUGCUGUAUACAUCCUGUUGUUCACGGGGGCGGCUUUGACAACGGUAGUAUAUGGGUAUGAAGUCAUCCUUGGUGUGGGAUUGGGCCUUAUGAUGCCGUCAUUAAUCUUCUUGCUCAAGGUUGAGUUUGGCGAUGAAAACCUAGCGGCUGUGAUGGGCGCUAAUAACACGGUUCGAACCCUUGGAGGCUGUGUUGCCUUGGCUGCCUGUUCAACUGUGCUGCACACGGACCUCAACAGACAACUGGCCACUUUCCUUACUCCCGAGCAAAUAGCAGCUGUGCUCAGCUCUUCAGUAGCCAUCGAUGGACUCAGUGAUUCGGAAGCACUGCAAACUGAGAUCCAGGAUGAGAACAGCCGAGAUACUUGA